GCCUCUUAGAGCGGUCUUGUUUGUGAUAAAAGUUACUUCAGCGUGUGAACCAUUAGGUUCAAAAGGGGCUGGGUGGAAGGAGAAGCCCGGAGAGCAGGAGAUGGUACGAAGAUGAAGUGUCACUCUGCAGCUCUCGGAGGCUGGCUGUGUGUCGGGAGUGCCCUUGCGUCUUCAUGAAAUCACCUGUUCACGGAGCGUGGCGAGGAGGAGAGCCAGCAGCUUUUGUUCUGAAAGCUGUCAUUGAACUUGCAUGGAUUUGGAAGUGAAAGGAAUUGCUGCUUCCCUUCGAAGGCAGGCUGAGCUGUCGUGGAGGGGAAAGAAAUGUCAGGGCUGGAGACCAGAUACACGGGCUAGUCACAGUCCCCGCCCACCAGAGGUGCCAUGCCUAGAUCUAGGAAAGCUGGGAGAUUCUGAUGAAGAGGAUGGGGACUCUUACAUACCAUACAGUGGAAGCUGUCCUCAUACAUGCCAGCUAGAUUCAUCUUCAGAUUGGAGAACGUCAUUACAGACGCCAUGUGCACAGCAUCAACAUGUGUCCAGACAAUUUUGUCAUAACAACGUGGAGAAGACAAGACCAGAAAAUCUGCCAUGCCCAACAGACAGAUACAAAAUGAAGCAUUGUCAGUGUGAACCAGAUAUGAAGGAAGAAUAUAAGCAGUAUCCUCAGAGAAUUGCAGAAAAGAGGAAGGACCACCUCCAGUGUCCAGAUGCUUCAGUAAAGAGUACACAGCUUGGAGAUGGACAUAAUGAUGAUCUUGUAGCUCUUGAUGAGAAAGCUCUCCUGCAACAGUGCUACACAAACAAGCCCUAUAAUAUGCAGCACAGUAUAAGGAAAUGGGAAGCUGAGGAUGUUGCUGCAGAAAGGAGAAAACAGGCUGUAGUAGAACAAGUGAUGGUGGAUCAGCUAUGUAGAGCUGUUAUAAGUGACCCAGAGCAGUCUACACGUUCUGAUGUUUGCAAGGAAGCUCAAGGACUUCUGGGACUUGGGACAGCACCAAUGCGUUUUAGAAAAAGAACACUGCAUGAAACGAAAAUAAGGACCAAAUCAGGAUUAACUGAAAACAUGCUCUCCAACAAGCUACGCUUUGAUAGUAGGAUUAUAUCAAGAAAUGGCCGUGAUGCUUGUAGAGAGUUGAUUGGAUUUUUUUUUGCAUGUGACAGAUCCCUCACUGUGUAUGAAUUUCGACAGUUUGGAAGAAACAGAACAAAUGCCUUGCCUUUUAUUCAGAAGGGAGUUUAUCAACAUCAGCGUGGGCAAAGGAAGGGAAAAGCUUAUGAUCUUAGUGACUUUUACGUUGGAGCUAAUCUAACUUUCCGAAGUGUUGAUCAUAACCUUCCAGAAAGUGUUAAGCAGAACCCUGUCUUCACCCUUCGUGUGAUAAGUAUUGAUGAAGCAGCUAUGGAUUUUCUAAAGGCUUCUUCUGUGGAAUUCAAGCAACAGUGUUCCAAGCAAGUGGUCAAUGACAGCAAAGUUUUCAAGAAGAUUCAAGGUAUAUUCAGAGGGACACUAAGUAAAAGAGGAGUUCGGGUUAUAACGGGCUUAGGAAAGUAUUUCCGACAAAUAGACAAGAGCAGAAAUGGUUUUCUCUCUCAGGCAGCCUUUAAAGAAGCUCUAAAAGUAUUCCAUUUGGAAGUGCCUGAAGGGGACUUUGAAUCCUUAUGGCUUAUUCUGGAUGAUAACAAGAGUGAUAAGGUCGACUAUGGAGAAUUUACUCGUGCCAUAUUUGGAGAAAUGAAUGAAUAUAGGAAAGCCUUUGUAAGAAAAGCUUAUAUGAAACUAGAUUUCAACAAAACUGGGAGUGUGCCUAUGGUAGAUGUCAGAAAAUGUUACUGUGCAAAGAAACAUCCUCUAGUAUUGGCAGGCAAAACUGCAGAAGAAGAAAUUAAGUCAUCAUUUCUAGAAACAUUGGGAGAGACCUGCAGCAACCCCACUGAAGUGUCCUAUUCUGAGUUUGAAGAUUACUAUGAAGGAUUAAGUUUUGGAAUCAUGUGUGAUGAUGAUUUUGUUAAUAUCUUAAGGAACUCUUGGGGUAUUUAGAGUGGAAGAUGACAAAAAUGAAGAAGAAACAUUUUCUAAACAAGGAGUGACUAAAUAAGGGAGGAUUUAGUCUUGAUGUGCAUUACUUUAUAAUUAGUGUGUUAAACUGAUUUCAGGAACUGAUAACUUUAGAUACUUUCAGAAUAAUAUAUGGCAAAUUUCUUGGAGUGUCUGUUCAGCUAUGCUAGCCACUCUGCUAAUACAAGUGCUGUUUGUUUCAUUUCAUUGAAAAUAAUAAAGGCUGUUUCUUAUAACAAAAGCCAUCUUUUUUAUAUUAGAUUAAGGUGGCAUAUUUUAAAAUAAGAGGGAAUUAGAAUACUAAAAUGCAUGAAGGUGUAUAUGCAAGAGAAAAUUUCGUUUUAUGAUGCAUUGUGAAAAGUUUUAGGUUUGACUGUAUAAAGUAUCAAUGGUAGCUUUUUUUCAGAAAGUUUCUUAUAACAUUCUUUGUCUUAUUUCUUGUUUCUUUUGGUGGCACUUAGCUUGAAAGAGGACAGGUCAACGUUUUGCAGUUUUGAGGGUGUUUGUAGUACUGAAGGUGCAGAGAUGUUCACAGCAACUAGCCCCUUGGCCUAUGGACCAUCUUGACUGAUCUUACUUUGUCAUUUUGGUCAGGAAUCCAAAGCUGGGCAUUGAAUCCCAAAGGUUUUAUAAAGCAUACAUGAAUUUUAUAAUGCAUAUCCUCCUUUCCUAUGUUUUGCUAAGUUGUUUUUCUAAACAAAUAAUUUAUAUUUAAGUACCUGUUUUCUUUAUAUCCCUUUUUUUUUUAACUAAAACUUAGCAAUUAUGUAUUUUGUUGAGUGGAUAUGCAGUAUUUCAUAUCUACUCUGAAAGUGUAAAACAGAAAAGUAUUUAAAAAAAAACCCAAAACAACCACCUCUGUCGCCACGAAAAUUAAAUCAUAAAAUAUUCCUUGCUACUUCAAAUAUACAGACAGAUGCUCUUUUCAAUGUAAUACAUCUUGUUAAUUCUGUAAAAUUAUUUGUGUUAAGGAAUAAAAAAGUAUUGUUAAUUAUACAGUGAGAGAGAGGUAACCUUUGGUUUCAAUAGACCUGUCACUAAAAUUAACUAUAUGUUGAACUGCAUUUCUUAAGCCUAUACAAUUAAAAUGUAUUAGUUUCCAUAGAGCUGGUCUGCCUGGUUUUGAAUUUAUAGUCUGUGGUUAACAGAACCUUCCUCUGAGACAGAAUUUGUAUUUCAUAGGAAUUAAAGGGCAGUGCUGGAAUGGAUGCUAAAAUGAGGGACUUUGGCCUCUCUGUGGAUGAUGAGUAUAUUCUAGAAAUAGUACUUCCUUGUUCUAAUAGCUUGUGCAUUUUUGUUUUUUGAUUGUUCGUACCCUCAAUUCUAACAAGAAUUUCAUUUUCUGCUCUGAAUCUUCAAAUGAGAGAUUUUGGAGGGUUCUUUUGAGGCUACAAAAGUCUCUGUGUGUUGGUUUACAGGGGAAGGCAGAUUUUGUCAAUGGUUAUUCUAAGCAGGAAUUCUGAUGUGGCUCAUUACAAUUUUCUUGUUCACAAUUCCUGCCAGACUUUCUCUUGAUGGAAAGAUUUUGUUAAUUAGUGUUUCUGGAACUGAUGAUUCUGAGAAGGGCAAUUUCAUCUGGUUGUACAGAUAUGCUUGUUAAUGUGUCAGUUCAGAUAACUGAAAAACACCAAAUGAUUUUUAUUAAUUGUUUUAAGAAUCACUUGCUCUAUUUAGACUUGCUCACUUAAAAGAAUUGUACCAACAAA